CACGCUAACAAGCUUACCACUAAAUGGACCACUAGGAUAGAUUAUGAGCGCUUUUUAGCUAACAGCAAGCGCAAGUACAAGCUAUACUUUAAUCUAUUACACUCUAAGAUACGUAAGCACAGCGUUAAUAAGCGUAACACAUACAAUAUAGAUAAGAAAGGCUUCUUUAUUAGCAUUAACAGUUACACUAAAAGGAUAGUCUCUAAGGCAAUUUAG